GUUGUUUACUAUUUAGCGAAAGAAAAGUCGUUUAAUAGGAUGGCCUGGUAAGUAUCUUCAGUCAUUUUAAUUCGGGGAAGUCCAAAACCUGUUCCGACCACACUGAGAUAAAGAAUCUGUGGCCUUUAAAGAUGACAUCUCGCGUUUAAUAUUAAGAAUCUUCGACUCUUAUUCCGAUUCCAAGAAGCAAAAGGAACGAAAAGAACCAAACAAACAAGAAAGAAGGAAGAAAAAACUUCACAUUUCCAACCUCCUCCCAGUGUCUCUGUUCGCAACAGAGCAGACCCAUCGGAAGUUUGGUGUUCAUUUUUAUCUGUUUGGUCUCUUCUUCUCUUUCGGCUUUCUUUCAUAGAGAGGAAAAACAUAUGGAGAUCGACAAAGCAAUUAGAGAAAGCGACGAUCGAAGGUUGAAAACCAAGUACAACAAUGCAGUCUACGUCAUACAGAGAGCUUUCGCAUUAUAUGCGUUUGAGGAGGUUGCUUUCAGCUUUAAUGGAGGGAAAGACUCAACUGUUUUGCUUCAUCUGCUUAGAGCUGGUUACUUCUUGCAUAAAGAGAAGCCCAAGUCUUGUAAUGGGAACCAAACAGAUUGUGAAAUGAAUUUCCCUGUACGAACCAUCUAUUUUGAAAGCCCUGAUGCUUUUCCUGAAAUUAAUUCAUUCACUUAUGAAACGGCCACUGAUUAUGAAUUGCAAAUGGAAAUAAUUCGCCUUGAUUUCAAGUCUGGUUUGGAGGCUCUGCUUAGGGAAAAACCAAUCAGGGCUAUUUUUCUUGGAACCAGAAUUGGUGAUCCUAAUGCGGUUGGCCAAGAACAAUUCUCUCCUAGUUCUCCUGGAUGGCCUCCUUUCAUGAGAGUGAAUCCCAUUCUUGACUGGUCAUACAGGGAUGUAUGGGCCUUUCUUCUAACAUGCAAAGUCCAAUACUGCAGUCUUUAUGAUAGAGGUUAUACUUCCAUUGGGAGCAUACAUGACACACGUCCAAAUGCAUUAUUGUCAACUAUUGCCUCUUCCUCCGGAAGCAAAGAGAACUUUAAACCUGCAUACCUGCUUUCAGAUGGAAGAUUAGAAAGAGCAGGUCGGGCAAACAAACUUUCACCUAUGGUCAGUAGAAGUGUUCCUGGUGUGAGCAAUGGUCUGAAGAGUACAGACUUGCAUGUAAGCAGCAUGCUUACUGCUUCAGUUAUUGCUGUAGGUGAUGAGAUUCUGUUUGGAACCACUGAGGACCAACUGGGUCCAUCAUUGUGUAGAAAGCUUCAUUCUAUAGGUUGGACUGUAUCACAUGCUACUGUGGUUAGGAAUGAU